UAUAUUUUCAGACAGCUGAGAUAGUAGCGACGUACCGGGACCUCGCUAGUCACCCGUCGCCGUCGUCCGCCCGCGUCGUCGGUGACGGCAGCGACGGCUUCCUCACGAUUUACUCUGAGUGGUCGCAGCGCGAUCUGGAGCGACAAGAGAACAUCAAGUUCUCCCGCUCGCAGGUAUUAUACCAUGGACCCGGAUUGCCCUCAGGUUGUAUCCGAGCACCGCGCGACGACAAUCGCACGAGAAGUCUGGAACAAGCUUUCACCUUCAGGUACCUAUCGUGCCGUCCUUCGCAAGGUCGCGGCAACAGGUGGCGCCACCAGCGACAAGCAGAUUUUGGAAGUGUGGACGCACAACAAGAAAGUGAGCAACAUUGACUUGCAAGCUCUCGACAAGCACGGUCCGAUCUACAAUGACGACAAUUACUUCGGCAGCUUUGAGUGGUCGCACGGGGAGGGUCACAUCCUCUACAUCGCGGAGAAGAAGCUCCCGAAAUACGCUUCCUUCUUCGACCAGAAGUACGGCAAGGUCGCGGAGGAGGGCGUCGACGCGGAUGAGACGGAUGCUCCGUUGUUGGUCAUGAGUUAA